AGGAUUAUACAAAUUUUAGGCGCGGCACAGGAUGCUGAAACGUUCAACUGGAACUGCAACGCAUCGGUUUCGAUUAUUGCUUCAAAUUAAACAAAAUCGUGUUUAUUUAAGCAGAUAACAACAAAUGCGAUAAAGUUUGCAACACAAUUUCCAAUUGGAAAUUUUAAUUCACUUAACAAGUAAACUUUUUAAUUACAACGUGUGUACAUUAUUUGUUUUUUAUCAGUUUUUACGUAUUACACGUUUAAAUAUAAAACCAAUUAUCAAUUAAUUGUAUGCAGUAUUAUACUGAGGACUGAGGAAAUGCACAGAACGUUUCUACACUAAAAUAACUAAAUUAAUACUGAUGUUACCAUCCAAAUACUAAAUAAACUAGUAACAACCUAAAAUAUGUAAUACUGUUAAAUAUGAUUCAUGUGUGCAUAUUUUGAACCACAAGCAAACAAUAAUAUUGUCACCCAAAAGAUAACCAAGUCUAUUACCAUUUUUUAAACGAUAAAUUUGUGGCAUUGGCGAAAACUGGAUUUGUGGCAAAUUAUCGUUGAAAAGGUCACGACUUUGUGUAACGUCUAGGUUUUUUCUGUUGCAUUACAUCAUACACAUAAAUAAAGCAGCGUUAAUAUAAAUUUAACGUAUCGGGAAUGAAUGCGAAAGAUGUUAUUCAUUUCAUUCAGAUUUUGGCAUAAAAAUCUUGGUGUUUAUUUACCACAACUGACCUAAUUAAUAUCCAAUACACGAGUUACGAGUAUUGUUAACCUUAUGAUUAAUUCAGUUGCUAUUGUUGAAUGACAGAAGUAUUUUUAACGGUCAUUUUCGAUAAUUUUUGUUAGAAACGGACAAAAGAAUCACAUUCAUUUUUAACAUUAGUCACAUCGUGAAUGUUGUUAACAAACGUGAACAUUGGAGUUAGUUUACGUGAAACACUAAAACAAAUUGGACGAAUUAAUUUUCAAGGAAACGUUCGUGACAGCUUUACGGUUACAUGCACAUGCAAAAAUCCCACCGAACUAACGAAUUUUGGUUGAUUUUAUGUGCGUUCCAAGCGAAAAAAACACACAAAAAACCAACCCUUACUCACUUUUUGACAUUUCAUAUUUUCAUCGCCGAAAUAAUCCCAAAAUCACACGCGAAAAACGUAACUAAAGCCAAGUCGUGAAACGAGUCAACGUCCAACAACACACCGCACAACAAUUAAUUAAGUUUUCUCGUUAAAUUGUCACUUAAUUAAAGGCAUAUUUCAAACAGUUAACGGAACGGCCUUGCACAUUAGACAUUCCAAUUUCUGGCAGAUGUCAAAAGAACGAAUUGAAAGAUUGUCGAAUAACGCGGAGUCGUAGAUCGACAACAGAUGUCUCUGGCAGUUCUGAGGAACUUUUUUAAACUUUAAUUGUAUUGUUUUACAGGUAUAUUUAUAUUUUUGCAACCUUACUAACCAUAAAUAUAGAAAUAAAAUUAUUGCCACUGUGAUUUUUCAUGUUAUUCCACAUAAAAUAAAAUUUAUUGGAUAGUGGCGCCAUCUAUGAGAGAGUGGCUGAACUCUCAUAUUGAACAUCUGUUUACCAACUUAAAGUUAUACUGAAAUCAAAUUAUUUUACAAUGUAAAAUUUUAAAAACAGUCAAAUACUCACUUUAAUCGUUCACAAAUUCUACAGUCUUGUUAGUAUUUACGUUUUUCUUUAUUAUCUCGAAUAUAAGUAAAAGUUACCCGAAAAAGACGUUAAACAAAACCAAUUAAACAAUAACCGUUGAAUUAAACGUAAAAAGUAUAUUGAAAAUACGCAAAGAAAAUAAUCUUAAAAAGAGCACCUUAAGGAAUCUUAACGGUGAAGACGCACUUCUUAAUUUUCCCAGACCGUAGCAGGGAAAAUUCUUUUUCUUAGUUGGUCAAACAAAAAGAAAGACACAUAUUGAUUAAAAUUAAAAGGCAGUUUAUUUUUACGUUUUGAGAUGGUCUUCCCUCAAAAUUCAUCCCGGUCCUUCUGACCGAUCUGACAACAACAAAAACAAGCGGCAUUUUAAUUUUAUCGUGUCUACAAUGGCAUUAACCGCAGACGAUCAACAGUUCUGUCUCAGAUGGAACAACUUCCAGGCGAACAUCACAUCCCAGUUCGAGGCGCUGCGCGACGAGGAGGACUUCACGGACGUGACGAUCGCCUGCGAGGGUCAGCGUCUACAGGCGCAUAAGGUGGUGCUGAGCGCCUGCAGCCCAUUCUUCAAGGAAUUGUUCAAGUCGAAUCCGUGUUCGCAUCCGAUAAUAUUCAUGCGAGAUGUGGAGGCGCGCCACAUCGUCGCCCUCAUGGAGUUCAUGUACGCGGGAGAGGUGAACGUGGCCCAGGCGCAGCUGUCCGCCUUCCUGCGCACCGCCGAGUCCCUCAAGAUCCGCGGACUGACCGACAACACGGAAACGGACUUCCCCAAGGAGGAGGAGCUCUACCUCAAUCCCCAGUCUUCUAUCAAAACGAACGGCGGGCUCGCCAACAAGGCCAAGAGUCGCGCCCAGAUCAGCUCUUCCAGUACGGUCACAUCUAGUCAAGACGUUGCGGCAAAUGAGGCUCACUCGAGUCCGCCGCCGAAAAGGCCGUGCAAAUCCGACGCGGAAUUGCCACGUCUGCGGCAGAUUAAGGAAGAGAGCAUGUCGGUGAAUCCGUUCGCGAUGCAGCAACAGGAGAGAAGCCAGCUGGAUAAAGCUUCCAUACAACCCAAAGAGGAACUGCCCGAUUAUCUAACCGACGGCGAUGAAGACGACCAUCUAGACAAUAUGCCCAAUUUUUAUACGUCGAAUGAUGUAACUGAACUACCUGGAGGCAUGGAGAUUAUCCCGCAAGCAACGAAUUACAACAAGGAUUUGAGUCAGGAUGGACCGUCUCAAGCACGUUUUCGGCGCAGAAGGUUAGAUUGGACGCCGUUCGAUCUGCCAGACACGGAUUUGAGUGACAGGUUGAUGGAAAGGCGGGAAGGAGAUAUGAGAAAUAGACUGAUAAAACUGGGCGAGGGCAUCGAAAUCUGCGAGGAUCAAUUACGAAGUGUCAAAUGGAGCGACUAUAGAAAACUCACCAGAGGACUAGCAACCAUUUUAUUCAGUCCGGCGGAACUUGCAAGUUGCUCAGUGACUGGCCAACGAUGGAGUAGGGCAGGGAGCGUGGAAAGACCAGUGAAGCCGGCACUAGACAGAGCAAAAGUCCAAGCAAUAAUUUCUUAUGUUGCGACUAGAUUUCCGAUGGUUGAGAUCAGUAGGAUCAAACAGGUUUUGGCAUACAAAUGUAAAGAAAAUUCAACCGCGUUCAAGAUGAAAGCAGUGCGUUACUACGGGGAACAACAUAAGUAACGACAAAUUUAGAUGUGUCAAAUUAAGGAUUUAAUCCUAACAAUUACUACUUGAUCGGCGUACUAACUUUAGAUGAGAUCAGUACCAGUAAAUUUUAGACUGCGAGUAGUACGAAAAAUAUAGAUUAGAAUUAACACAUUUUAUUAGUUAUAAAUUUUAUCAAAUGUUGAUUAUUUUUUGUUUUAUUAACACAUUUGUUUACAAUAAAAUCUUUUAACAUG